AUGGUUAAGGAGCAGGUGGAUUGGGAAAAGUAUCGUGAGCGCCUGGUGAGGCAGGUUAAGGAUUAUGAGAAAGCUAAGGCUGCCCUUGCCGAAGAGAAGGCCAAGUUUGAAUCUGAUAGGAAAUCAGAAGAGUGGGGCCGUGAAGGCCUUAGGGGCAAACUUCGUGCUGCUGAAGAUCUUCUGGCGAAGGAGAAGGCUGAAUGGAAGAAAAUUUGCGAAAAAGAUAAUCAGUGUAUGUAUGCAGCCCGAGCCAAGAUUACCGAGCUUGAGGGUCAAGUUGCUGAAUUGAAAGGGAAGCUUGAAGAUGUUCAAGCUGCUAGGGAACAUGUUGAGGCUGAGCUUAAGGCGCAGGUAUCUAGUAAGGAUAAAGACCUGGCGGCCAAGGACGACGAAAUUGCAUGGUUAAAGCGUCGCCUGCAAGAGCAGGUUGACAAAAAUGAGUCCUUGGAGAUCGACCUUGAAGCUGAGAAGGGGAAAGUUGCUUCUGCUGAGGAGGCCAAGAAAAAGGCUGAGGAGGCGCGAGACAUGAGUACAUCUGCCCUUAACAUGGCCAACUCUAUCCUCAAUGCUGGAGAACUGGAUGGAGCUGUUGCUGCUCUCAUAGAUGCCUCACGCGCGGUUGGUCAUCGUGGAGGUUAUCUAGACUGUGCGCAGCAUGUUGAAGAAGCAAUAGGACAAGAGUUUGAUACUAGUCAUUGCUCAGUGACCAAUCAGGCGGAUGCGGAGUUGGCUCGCGCUGAAAAGGCUUAUUAUCAUAUAUCAUUGCCUGUGAUGGAUUUGGUUGCAGAGGCACUGAAGCAUGAUGAUUGGUGGCAACGGCUAAAAGCCAUCCUCGACCCACCAGAAACUGUUUUAUUAUCUGAUGAGGAGGAACCAGCGGGCAACGAUGAUGAUGGUGAUGGCGAUGGUGAUAAGCACGACGACGACGACGAUGAUGAUGGUGGUGACGGCUAUGAGUAG